UGGUGUGGAUGGAGGGGUUAUGUUGGUCACGCAAGGUCAAUUUAACAUGCGCAUACUUUUGAAAGAAAGGAACAGAGCGAGAGAAAAAGAGAGAGAGUUUGUUAAUUUAUUAGAUUAUCUAAAUUAAAAUAGUGAUGAUGUUUACAAUUGGUGAAAUUGCAUCACUCCCGUUUUUAUGAUAGGCGUUAUGAUACCCAUUUGAUAGAGUGCGGGAAUGAUAUUUUCCAGCUUCUGCGCCAGAUGUACCGACCAAUGAAAGCGCAAGCGUUCGAAUGAGGAGGCGGAGGCUGGAGUUUCAUGGAUGCUUGUUAUGUCUGUCAAACCACUAGCGAUUAGAAAAAUAAGGAUUUUCAUAUAAAAAAUAACCAUUCGCAAAUGCAAUAUGGAUACUGCGGUUGUUGUCGUAUGGCUUUCUAUGGUGGUUACCAUCCUGUCGAGGUCGCACGCCGACCGGAACGUCUACCCGUCUGCAGGCGUGCUGUUUGUCCACGUACUGGAGAGAGAACACUUCAAAGGAGAGUUUCCCCCCUAUCCCAAACCUGGGGAUUCCAGCAACGACCCCAUCACCUUCAACACCAACCUGAUGGGCUACCCUGACCGGCCAGGCUGGCUGCGGUACAUCCAGAGAACCUCACACAGCGAUGGGGUGCUCUACGGAUCCCCCACUGCAGAACACGUGGGCAAGGCCACCAUCAUAGAGAUUACUGCCUAUAACAGACGCACUUUCGAAACGGCCCGGCACAACUUGGUCAUAAACAUCAUGUCCACGGAAGACUACCCACUGCCAUACCAGGCAGAGUUCUUCAUAAAGAACAUGAAUGUGGAGGAGAUGUUGGCCAGCGAGGUUCUGGGAGACUUCCUUGGCGCAGUGAAGAACGUGUGGCAGCCCGAACGCCUCAACGCCAUCAACAUCACCUCAGCGCUGGACAGGGGCGGACGUGUUCCCCUGCCCAUAAACAACCUCAAAGAGGGUGUGUAUGUGAUGGUGGGGGCAGACGUGCAGUUCUCUUCCUGCUUGAGGGAGGUGGAGAACCCCCACAACCAGCUGCGCUGCAGCCAGGAGAUGGAGCCGGUCAUCAGCUGUGACAAGAAGUUCAGGGCCCAGUUCGACAUUGACUGGUGCAAGAUCAACCUGGUGGACAUCACCAAGGUGGUCACGAUCCACAGUAACCGUCCGGACCCAGGUACAGGGGUUCUGCCUGACAUCGGGGAGUACAACCCCCCAUCAGAGUCUCUGAAGAGCAGGGACUUCUUUGCCGACUUCCUCAUCACGUUGGCGGUGCCCUCGGCCGUGGCCAUGGUCCUCUUCACCAUCCUGGGAUACUCCAUGUGCUGCCGGCGAGAAGGGGUGGAUAAAAGAAACAUGCAAACACCAGAUAUCCAGUUAGUACAUCACAGCUCCAUCCAGAAGUCGACCAAGGAGCUGCGGAGCAUGUCUAAGAACAGGGAGAUCUCCUGGCCCCUCUCCACCCUGCCUGUCUUCAGCCAAAGUGGGGAGGUGGUGCCCCCCAUACACCCAGACAACUACGAGACAACCAGCAUGCCGCUGAUGCAGACACAGACAAACCUGCAGAACCAGAUUCAGAUACCACAGCAACAGCCAUCAGGAGAUAGAGAUAAUUAUUGUAUGUCAACAUUUCGAAGACUGGAGGUAAAUGGUAUUCCUGAGGAGAGGAAAGUGGCUGAAGCACUGAACUUGUGACAAGAGAGAAGCCCAAGAGACAGUGGUGGAGCUGCUUUCUGUCUGUCCGUGUCCCUUUAAGCCAAGUGUUUUUCUAUGUCUACAUCCUAAAUAGAGUACCACAGUAUGAGUCAUAAUAGACAUCAAACCUAGCGGUCAAAUAGGGAAAAGGUUCCAAUGGUUUUUCCACCAUUCAUUUUCCCAUAGGGGAUUUUAAAAACACUUAUAAUAAGGGCUGUGUUUCAUGUAGGCUUACCCUGGUGUGACGUGUUGAUAACCGUGUAAAUGGAUUUAUCCCCCCCAAAAUGAAAUGCUAAUUAGCUGCUAAUGUGGGUGUCAUAAAGAACUAUAAAUGUCAUGAUGAUCAGGAAGAGAAUGCCGAAUUGAGGCAAAGGUAAGAAUCUCUGGAUUAACAAUCUAAUGUUAGCUAAAUGUAGUAAUGAAUAAAUUGGCAAAAUGUCUUUAAAUGGACAAUUCUGUGAACUGUCUUGUGGAAGUUUUACAUUAAAACAAUACCUGUUAGCAAAGGUGUCGGCGAGAGAAGACAUGCAGGAGCCUGCAGGGAUUUGUAGUUUUGCAUUAUGUCUACUUUGACCCAAAUUAGCAUUUUCAAAUCUGAGAGUAGAGCCAAAUAUAUUGAUAAAAGUCACCUUGUCAUAGAGAGAUUUAAAUGGUUAUCAAAACGUCACACCAGGGAAAGCCUACAUGAAACAGU